AAUUACUCUAAAGCGCAAGUCGUCCAUUAAUUUGGCUAGCCAUAUGUACGCACGGCGUACCUAUUUUUCAGCAUAGUAACUAAGAUUAUUUUGUAGGCUUUUUCUGUUCUUCAACAUAUAUCGUUUUAUAUUGUGAUAUUGAUUCCUCUCGUCAUCGUGUAAGGUAAAGAUUUACAGGUAGCGCAGUCGACUAUAGGAAGCCUGCUCUAAACCAUAGGGGCUUGCAUGUUUAGGAUUUCGCCGCCAAAACAAUAUAUACUCUGCGUAAGAAAUAAUUUCAAUAUUUGACAAACAGCAUCGCGCAAAAUAAUAAAGUUUUCAUGACAUCUAAACCGCCAACUAAUCAUCACAUGAUAAAUUGUAAUUCUCACUAUGACCCCAAAUUUGCCACAAACUAUAAUGUCAUCUAAAUUUCACCUCAAUUUGUUUCCAAGGAUCAUUUUACAUUCUUGGCUACCGCAGGGGACGCACAAUUUUUAAACCACGAUUGUGUGUGUCGAGAAUCAGACGUGGAUGAUUUAAAACGUGAGGAAAAUUAACAUGGCUAAGGAUCAUUGUCAAAUAAGGAAGUGAAAGAUGUAUACCAUUCGGCUUUCAUUAUAUCAAUCAAUGUUUCAAUCGGAAAUAUCUUCAGAAUGUAUUUACAAGUUUAGAUAAACGGUUGAGCUAUUUAAAGCCGUGAACUAAAAUAUUUCAUUCAAUACGGAAACUUCAUUCCUGCAUUCAGGAUCAAGCACUGCCCCAUGGAAAUGUACAAAUCAACAGAAGCGUUAGAUAUUGUGGAGAAUAACAAUAUAGAUACAGAUAUCAGGAAAAAGAAUAAGUCACCAAAGAAAAAAUCUUUUGUUUUACUUGGUAUUUUAUUGUGUAUGUUUGGGAUCGGAGCACUCGUGACGAUCACAGUUCUUCUCUUUAUUAGGGAGAAUGAAAGUCUUUGUGAUCAACCAAAUAACAAACAAAAUCUUCGAGUACGAGAAUUGUACGAAAAGAUACAAUCUAAGUACGAUGAAGUACACCCGGGUCCAUUAUUGAAGAGCGAAAAUGGAGUAGCAACUGUUCAACGUUUAUACAUGAAUUUCACUCCAGCCUUAUACAAACUACGAACACAAGCAGCUAAAAGCUUGCUUAAAGAACUCAAAUCGGUUGAGACUAGUAUCACAAUGCCCAAUGAUGAAAGCUUGACGUUUGAGUUGUACAAAAGAUUUUUGGUGAAUACAUUUGGCGUUCCGGCUUAUGAGAAUAAUUACGAAAUUGGAGAUUGGCUACUGGGACCAAAUAUAUAUUGCUGGCAGAAAAGUUGCGAACUGCUCUUCUUGUUAGAAGAUGCAUUAAAACAAAUCAAGCUUAAAACUGUGCAUGAUGUUGAACUAACUUUUGAUUUUAUGAAGAAAUGUAGCGAAGGGUAUAGACAAAGAAUUAAGAACCUCAAGAAUGGUAUUUUAGCUGGUAUAGUUCUUCCUGAUGUCGCUUGUCGUGCUGGUCUCGAGAACUUUAAGAUGUCCCAUGUCUCGGUUGCAAAGAAAGGCCCAUAUGGUAUAUUUGAUGAAAAAUACAUUGUCGAAUUAUUAGAUACGGGUGCUUUACAAGGAAUUUCGGAGGAGGAAAAAGGAAUUUGGAGUAAAAAACAUAAUGUUACAAUGGAGCAGUAUUUGAAAGACGGUUUGCUCAACCAUGUUGGAAGGCCUUUGAGUGAAUUUCUAAGGUACUUAGAAGACGAUUAUUCAACUCAUUGUCCUCCAAGCAAUAUCUCAAGUGGCUUUGCCUCCCUACCACUUCCCUAUAUCUACACGAACGGAGUAGCAAACUUGAGUAAACCAACCACUGGCCGUCUUCCUGGUGCCAGUAAAAAAUUUAAUGGUAGCUCUGCAUAUCUCUUAUUACUCAAACAUUUCACAACAUAUGAUAUAACUCCUGAAGAGGUUCACGACAUGGCAGUCCAUAAAUUAAACGAACUUUACCCGCAGGUAGUAAAGAUUGCAAAAGACAGGACAAAAGAAGAUGAUGAGUUUAAAGCAAUAGAGAAAUUUCGCUUGCAACUUGAAAGUGAUGAUUUUUUCUACAAUAUUGAAAAUGAAACUAAAUAUUCUGAGCCCUAUAUGAAAUGUUACGAUGAGGAAACGGCGCAAAAAUAUUGUCCUGAAAGAUGGAAGGCCAUGACUCAGUGGUUACAAUCUGCUAAAGUGAAAGUAAAUAAUCUAAAAAAGAUGGUCCAGACAGCAUUUUACGUGAAGGGAGAGAAGAAAAUAUUACCUGUUUGCAACGUAACCGUUGGAUUUGACUUUAGUCCAGCGAUUCCUUAUCAUAGCUAUAGUGAGGGAGAUGAUAAGUGUUCAAACCUAGCGAAAAUAUUUAUACCAUUCUUUCUGGAAAGACCUGGACCCAAGUAUGAGGAGAUAACAGUCAUGGCACAUGAAGCUUAUCCUGGACAUCAUCUUGAGGUUCAAGGCGUAAAAGAACAUUUCAAAACUAAAUGUGAUCAAUAUCGAAAAUGGCUAUUAGGAAAAAACUAUUUUGCUGCAUUUAGUGAAGGCUGGGCAACCUACAUCGAAAAAGACGUGGCUGACACAGACAUGAACUUGUACAAAAAUGAUAUGCAAAGAUAUGGAAUGCUAAAACAUCAGAUUCUUGCUGCUUUACGAGCUAAAGUUGAUGUUGGUGUACAUUACCUGGGAAUGAAACGCCAAGAAGCAGUUUCAUUAUACGAGAAAUAUGCCUUGGAUACAAGUGACGGUAUACAGAAAGAGAUCACGCGGUUACAAAGCGCGCCUGGGCAAGGUACAGCCUACAUGGUUGGAGAAAAAAAAUUUUCUGAAUAUCGAAAUAAGGCUAAAGCGAAACUCGGAAAGGAAUUUAAUGUUCGUGAUUUUCAUUAUGAAGUAUUAAGACAAGGUGAACUACCCUUGCUUUAUAUGGGCAAGAUGAUUAAUGAUUACAUACAGAACAUAAAGAAACACUAGUAUCACUAUAUUGUACAUGCAAUAACAAAUGACUGGAAUUGAAAAUAUACAUAUUAUAUAUAUACUGAAUAGAAAUAACAUACAAUUCUACAUUGGAAAGACUAUAUAAACAAGACCAGAUACUGCGUAUUACGAAGUAAAAAUUCCGGUGUUUAUAUAGUACACAUUUUGACAAAAUAUUAACUUAAAAUCUGCCUUUUUUAUUUAAUAUCAAUAAGUCAAGUAAUAUACAGGGAACGGGUUAAAUCUGCCAGAUUUGUAAGAUCUCAAUGCAACAUUGUAUAGUUUGGGAAAACCAUUUCUUAUCAUCAGUCGUUAAUAAAAGAGGCCGAUGUAUAAAAUAAAUCAAUAUAGAUCAUU